AUGGCACUUUUCUCUCUCUCUCUCUCUCUGUCUGUCUAUCCAUCUAUCUCAGACUUACCUUCUCUCUAUCUUCUUUCAAUCUGUCUAUCUAUCUCAGAUUUACUUUCGCUCUUUCUUUUUGACUAUCUUUUUGGUACUUUCUCUCUCUCACUCUAUCUCUAUCUAUCUAUCUAUCUAUCUAUCUAUCUAUCUAUCUAUCUAUCUAUCAAACCGAUUUACUCAAACUCUUUUUCCUACUUAUCUUUGUCUCCUCCCUCUCUCUCUAUUUAUCUUAGAUUUAAUUCGCUCUUUCAUUUUGGCGCUUAUCUCUCUCACACACACUUUAUAUCUAUCUAUCUAUCUAUCUAUCUAUCUAUCUAUCUAAAAUUUAAGUUACCACUUUCUUUUUCACUUACUUUCGCUCUUUCGCUUUGCUACUACUAUUUCUCUCUCUCUCACUCAUUCUCUCUCUAUCUAUCUAUCUAUCUAUCAAUCUAUCUAUCUAUCUAUCUUUCUCAGAUUUACUUUCACUCUUUCGUCAUGGUACUUAUUUUUGUCACUCUCUAUAUAUUUAUUUUUCUUAGACUUGCUUUCGCUCUUACUUUUUGUUACUUUUCUCUCUCUCUCUCUCUCUCUAUCUAUCUAUCUAUCUAUCUAUCUCUCUAUCUAUCUCAGAAUUACUCUCCAGUCUUUUUUUUUUGUCUUUUUACGAACUCUCCCUCUGUUUCUUCUCUCUUACUUCAUAUUACUUUCUCUCUACAUCUCUCUCUCUCUCUAUUUACAACUCUCACUAAAUCUUCCCUUUAUCUCUCUCUAAUCUCUCCUUCCCAUUCUUAUUUCUACACUCCUAUACGCUCUGUUUCUCUCUUACUUUCUCUGUCAUUUUCUCUUCCAAAAGAUUUACUUUCGCUCUUUCUUUUUGGCACUUAUCUAUAUCUAUCUCAAAUUUUAUUUCCUUCUUUUUUAUACUUCUCUCUCUCUCUUUAUCUAUCUAUCUAUCCCUCGCAGUCCUACUUUUGCUCUCUCUUUAAUCUCUCCUUACUUCUCUCCAGAUCUAUCUAUCUAUCUAUCUAUCUAUCUAUCUAUCUAUCUAUCUAUCUAUCUAUCUAUCUAUCCCAGUCUGUUUAUAUCUAUCUAUCUAUCUAUCUAUCUAUCUAUCUAUCUAUCUAUCUAUUUCAGUCUAUUUCUAUCUAUCUAUCUAUUUCAGUCUGUUUAUAUCUAUCUAUCUAUCUAUCUUAUAUCUUUAUUUUAGCUCUUUCUUUUUGGUACUUCUCUCUAUUUGUCUCUCUAUCUAAGAUUUAUUUCCUCUCUUUCUUUCCUCUCUCUCAUUCUAUCUAUCUAAGAUUUACUUUCACUCUUUCUUUUACAUAUUCUCUCUCUCUCUCUCUCUCUCACACUCUUUCUAUCUAUCGAUUUUUCCCCCUUUUUAUUUACUCUAUUCGUUUUCUCCUUAUAGCGCCGCCGAUAUAA